UAUAUGGGUCUGUCCACGCAUCUAGUACUUCCUAAGGCCCAAGGACCAAGGCCCAGUCCGUCACCCAAGUCCCGCAGCAAACCCUAGCUGCAACACCCAAGUCCCGCAUAGGUCUCUGCCACGACGCCGUUCUAAACCCUCCCCUCUCCCACUUCACCACUCUUCUCCCUCGCCAAUAGAAGCCGCCGCCGCCGCCGCAGCAGCAACAGCAGGCGAGCGAGAUGGUGUUUGUGAAGAACCAGAAGACCAGGGCCUACUCCAAGCGCUUCCAAGUGAAGUUCAAGAGAAGGAGACAGGGGAAGACCGAUUACAGGGCCAGGCUCAGGCUCACCAACCAAGACAAGAACAAGUACAAUACACCCAAGUACCGGUUUGUUGUACGAUUUACCAACAAAGAUGUCACUGCCCAAAUUGUGUACGCCACCAUUGCUGGUGAUAUCGUGAUGGCUGCUGCCUAUUCUCAUGAGCUUCCUCGAUAUGGUCUUGAAGUUGGCCUCACCAACUAUGCUGCAGCUUACUGUACUGGUCUGCUUUUGGCCCGCCGUGUGCUCAAGUGCCGUGAUUUGGAUCAGGAAUAUGAGGGCAAUGUUGAGGCCACUGGGGAGGACUUCUCUGUUGAGCCGGCUGAUGAGAGGAGGCCUUUCCGCGCGCUCUUGGAUGUUGGCCUUAUUAGGACCACUACUGGAAACCGUGUGUUUGGUGCCCUCAAGGGAGCUUUGGAUGGUGGUCUUGAUAUUCCGCACAGUGACAAGAGAUUUGCUGGCUUCAAGAAGGACGAGAAGCAGCUGGACGCUGAGAUUCACCGCAAAUACAUCUAUGGAGGGCAUGUUGCUGACUACAUGAAGUCACUGGCUGACGAGGAACCUGAGAAGUACCAAUCUCACUUCAGUGAGUACAUCAAGAAGGGGAUUGAGGCUGAUAACAUGGAAUCACUGUACAAGAAGGUUCAUGCUGCCAUUCGUGCUGAUCCUACCAUGGCAAAGUCAACCAAGGAACCUCCAAAGACGCACAAGAGGUACAAUCCCAAGAAGCUGACCUAUGAGCAGAGGAAGGCCAAUCUUGUAGAGCGGCUCAACGCCCUCAACUCAUCUGCUGGUGCUGAUGAUGAUGAGGACGACGAUGAAUGAGUGUAAUCGACCCUAGGCCCCCUAUAGUGCUGUCUUCAUGCUUCCAAAUGAACUUGCUCGGCAUUAAACAGUAGUAUCGCGAGAGAGACAUAUAUGCACAUUGUACCUGCCUCUUGGUUUUGAGUACCAUGCUGGAGUUUUGGAUUAUCUUACAUUAUACAAGGUGCUGGGAUUUUGACGUUGUUUCAGAGUUUGUUGAUCUGGAUCUCUGUUGGUUGCUGUUUAUCAAGGUCUGUUUGCCGUGGA